GGAGGGUCGAGGCGCCUGCGCAAUCGCGCUUCCUUAGGCUGCAGCCAUGGCGGGGCAAGAGGAUCCGGUGCAGCGGGAGAUUCACCAGGACUGGGCGAACCGGGAGUACAUUGAGGUCAUCACCAGCAGCAUCAAGAAAAUCGCAGACUUUCUCAACUCGUUCGAUAUGUCUUGUCGUUCAAGACUCGCAACACUAAACGAGAAAUUGACAGCUCUUGAGCGGAGAAUAGAGUACAUUGAAGCAAGGGUGACAAAAGGUGAGACUCUCACCUAGAACUGUGUCAUGCUGCUGCUGGGAAGUUGCUUUUACAGAACGCAGACCCUCGUGGGAAAGGCCCCAGCAGCCUUCAGCUCCUUCCUCUCUUCUUAAAGAGCAACAGGGCUUAUUCUUGUUUUCCUUUUUUUCAAAAAUGUGGCCUUUGGGCUCUGCCAUGUACACCCAGCAGUGUGAUGUGGCGUGUGGGGAGGAGCCAGGGGAACUCUCAGAAACAACAUUAGGCAUUUUACUUCUUCAGUGACACUUUGUAGAACUACUUGUCAACAUAUUUGAGGCGCUAAGAGCCAGAAGGUGGGACUCUGUCAAGGUCCUCCCCACCUCUCUCUCUCUCUCUCUAUCUCAGCCUUUCCUUGCAGUUCUCAUUGCCUCUGCAUUGAUUCUGUAAACGGUCUUUGCCUCCUCCCCACCUUUGGCCGGGGGUCAGAAGCAGUCCUGGCUGUGGUGCCCUGGCGAAGUGGCUGCCAGAGAAUGUUGUUGCUAACCCACCAGUUUCUUGUCCUUUUGGGGAGGUCAAGCCCAGGCCCCCACUUGGCUUGAAAAGGGACAUUUUCAGAGUUUUCUUUCUCUCACUUGGGGUGUCUUUAUCUCUCAUAUUUCCCUAAUAAACUCCUCAACUUUAUCUGACUGCUGUGAUUGUGGUGGGGAGAGGAGCUAGAGAUGGGGCUCACGUAUUCCACAGAAAUCUGAUGUGUGGGAUUCUUACUCUAACAGCAAACUUUCAGAUGUAGCUGUUUGAUCAAACCCUAGGUGGCUUGCCAGCUGGAGCCCCCAUAUUUGGACUUUGCGCUAGUCCAUCCUGAGAAUCGUUUGGUCGUUCAGUGGACAUUUACCGAGUACUUAGUAUGUAGGCACUUUAUGCUCCAAUAAAAUAUGCAGUGUUGAA